AUGUUUUUCGCCUCCGGCGCCGCGGAGCCCGGAGUUCCUCGGGGCCCCGCGUUGGAGCGGCCGGGGCGGGCGACGCGGACUCAGGCCGCUCGCAGCCAACGGGCAGCUGAAGCGAGGGAGCUAGAGGCCGGCCCGGCGCGGAGGAGGCGCGGGUUCAGAGCCAGUUGGGCCCAGAGUCCUCGCCGAAACUUGCGCCGUCCCGAGCCGCUCCCCCAGAACCUGUCCGCAGGGCUCAGAAGGAGACAUUUGGCAGGUCAUGCAGGAGGGGCCGCGUGGCGGUCCGGCGGGGGCGCGGGUUCCGCACGGUGUGGCGUGCGCCUCGGGAGCGGGACCGGAGUGGCGCCAGAUACGGCUGGGGAGCGGGCCGGCCUGGCCG